AUGGCAGACCAACACGAGGUCGAUCUCGACUCUAUAAUCGACCGCCUACUCGAAGUGCGAGGCAGCCGGCCUGGCAAGCAAGUCCAGCUCCUUGAAGCUGAGAUUCGAUACCUUUGCACCAAGGCUCGUGAGAUCUUCAUUUCUCAGCCUAUCCUCCUCGAGCUUGAGGCUCCCAUCAAGAUCUGUGGUGAUAUCCACGGACAGUACUACGAUCUUCUCCGACUCUUCGAGUACGGUGGCUUCCCUCCUGAGGCCAACUACCUCUUUCUUGGCGAUUACGUCGACCGAGGAAAACAAUCUCUUGAGACCAUCUGCUUGCUCCUCGCCUACAAGAUCAAGUACCCCGAAAACUUUUUCAUCCUUCGGGGCAACCACGAGUGCGCCUCUAUCAACCGUAUCUAUGGAUUCUACGACGAGUGCAAGCGUCGCUAUAACAUCAAGCUGUGGAAGACCUUCACCGACUGCUUCAACUGCCUUCCUAUCGCUGCUAUCAUUGACGAGAAGAUUUUCACCAUGCACGGUGGUCUGAGCCCUGAUCUCAACUCAAUGGAGCAGAUCCGCCGGGUUAUGCGCCCUACUGAUAUUCCUGACUGCGGUCUUCUCUGUGAUCUUCUGUGGUCUGAUCCCGAUAAGGACAUUACUGGUUGGAGCGAAAACGAUCGAGGUGUUUCUUUCACGUUCGGUCCUGAUGUUGUCUCGCGUUUCCUCCAGAAACACGAUAUGGACCUUAUUUGCCGAGCUCACCAGGUUGUUGAGGAUGGCUACGAAUUCUUCUCCAAGCGUCAGCUGGUUACACUAUUCAGUGCGCCCAACUACUGCGGUGAAUUCGACAAUGCUGGUGCUAUGAUGAGCGUUGACGAGAGUUUGCUGUGUUCUUUCCAGAUCUUGAAACCCGCUGAAAAGAAGCAAAAGUAUGUUCAACUGAAUGGCAGCAAAAACACGCCAAUCAACUCCCCUUCCAAGAUGAAAAAAUGA